AUCGAGACCGCACACUACCAAAAAGAACUCCAAACUCCAAACACUAACCCACGCACCUGCACAUAUGAUGCAGCGCUGCAUAGCCUCAUUCGGCCGCCGCCAGAGUUGCUCGAUGUCACGCCGAUGGUUGCCAGUUCUUGCACAACGCGACUUCGUCACCACCCAGCAGCGCAAGGGCAUGCGUGUUGGCUUCUUCUCGGCACACAACUACGAGAUCGGCGCGAUGAAAGCUUUGGCCGAGUGUGCAGGGAUCGCUAAGGACAACGAACUUGUGUAUGUCUCCCAAUGCCACUCGCAGCUCAGACCUAGAGGCCAAUUACUUGACAAUACCGGCAUGCAUCACUGACGUUGUUUGUUGCUCGAAUCUCCUCGUUGCCACUGCAGCUUCUUCUCCAACCGGCUUACGCAACAAACCACGCAGCUGGCUGAGGACUGCGAGGGCGUCUGCAUCUUCGUCAACGACGUCGCUGACGCGACUUCGCUGCGCAGACUCUACGACCGUGGCACUCGCGUGCUUUUCCUGCGUUGCGCUGGUUUCGACAUGGUGGACCUUGACGUGGCCAAGGAGCUUAACAUGCCCGUUGUGCGCGUGCCGGCGUAUUCUCCUUACGCUGUAGCCGAACAUGCUGCCGCCUUGAUGAUGACGCUGAACCGCAAGACACACCGUGCUUUCAACCGCACGCGCGAGCAAAACUUCCGGCUUACGGGUCUGAUGGGCUUUGAUAUGAACGGCAAAACGGUGGGUAUCAUUGGUACGGGCAAGAUCGGUGCCAUCUUCGCGCGUAUUUGCAAGGGCUUCGGAUGCCGCGUGCUUGCAUAUGAUGUCGCCGAGAACCCAGAAGCGUUAAGCUACCGUGUCGAGUAUGUGCCGCUCGAGGAGAUCUGGAAGAAUGCCGACAUCAUCUCGCUGCACUGCCCAUUGUUCCCAAGUACCAAGUACGUGAUCAACGCGAAUAGCAUCAAGCAGAUGAAAGACGGUGUGAUGAUCCUCAACACGAGUCGUGGUGCGUUAGUCAACACUGAGGCUCUCGUAGAAGGUAUCAAGUCCAACAAGGUUUCGUCAGUGGGUCUGGACGUGUUUGAGGGCGAGCAGGGCUACUUCUACUCGGAUCGCUCGGGUGAGAUUAUCGCCAACGACAUGCUGGCUCGCUUGUUUACGUUCCCGAACGUUAUCAUUACGGGCCACCAGGCAUUCUUUACACAGGAGGCACUGGACAACAUUGCGCGCACGACUAUCGACAACAUCGUUGCUUACAUCUCCAAUGAGCCGCUUGUGAACGAGGUCAAGUGAAGAUAUGGCGACCAUCUCGAGUCGAUAUUUUCAACUAAAUUUAGUAUAUCCCUCCUCACGAAGAAUGCGUCAUGAGUACCGUUUGCUGUUAACACUAACAGCUAGAGAGCUCGAUGAGUGCACUAGAUAGCACUGCUAUCUAGUGCUAUUAGCAGACCACUGAGCAUGGAUUUUAAUCGUGCAAGUCGUGAUUAUUGGGAAAGGAAAAGAAAAAUGAUUACACUGUAAUCAUACAGAAAAACAUUUUGCUAUGCAUUUGGUGAGGAGGUCAUGCGAUUCGAGCUUAGCAUUC